GACUGAUUGGUUAUGCMAUUCGAGCAUAGAAAGGAAGUAAAUACUUUAACAUCAUCAUAAAGAAUAGUUCAUAAUGGYAAGUACAGUCGAUUCAGGACUAAAGAACAACAGCUCUUUGACGAUAGAAAAAAUUGGCGCUUAUUUCCUUCCUAAGGUACAUUGCCUUUGAAAGAACUAAAAUAUUAACGAUGUUCCGAUCAAAUACCAUGUCAGAUAUAAGCAAGAUUAAAUGGAGCAGUGAAGAAUAUUCUUUAGGGAUGUUCGUGGAUCACUUUCCUCUGCCUCAAGUUGUUCGCAUUAAAACGAACCURAAAGGAAACAAUGAAAGGAAAGGACAACCGGUAAAGAUGUUAUCGAACGAUGUCUUUGUUCUGCAUUGCGAAAGACAUAAAGAGGUAAUUCGUGCUACUGAUUCUCUGAAGAAUGAGUUUUAUCUGCCACACGACUCCACCGCCAAAGUUGAAGUGAUCUGGAAAGAUUAUAACAAGUUCUACGACAAUGUAGGCGAGCUGUUCGACCAUUUUCCCGCGCAUGUGCUAGUGGUUGAAGAAGAUGAGACUUUGGGAAUCAAAAAAGGCGACGUUCUYAAACUUAAAAAGAAGGUAAAGGAUCGAGAAAACAAUUAUCUGAAGUGUGCUUUUCUGGAUGGAAAUCGCGCAGAUGUGGAUAUCCCUUUCAGUUACAAAGGGGUUUUUAAGACUCUUGGAGAUCUGACAUCUGAAAGCAUCCCCCUUAAAGAGGCAGUCGAGUUUUGCAGGCUUCCUCGAAACGUGAAAUUUAUCGGCGAUAAACUUAAAAUCAAAAGGAUUUAUGGUACAUCCAAGAGCCCCRCAUUGUUAAGCAGUUUGGAACGCGUCACGCUACACGAAGUUAUAGACCAUCKUGACGUCAUAGCGAGCCAGGUUUCAGACGGGCAAGUCGUUGUAAGUUCAAUUCCUCUUGUUGAGGACGUCAUUGUCAACGCCGCGACAGCAGAAUCAAAAGGCGGUCCAGAAUAUACUCGCCUUUGUCAAAUAAUUGAUAGGAAAACUACAGCAGAAAUGGUGAAGGAGAUUGGCGUCUUGCAUCAGCACUGGGUUGUGUUCCAGGAAGAUGGCACCAAAGGUCCUUCCUCUUGGAAUCACCAGCUCUUUAGCUUGGCUAGUCUUGRGUAUCAGGACAUUCCACACGUUGACGAURACAAUGCGUCGGUAACAACUGGCGUGAGCWUUCAUGUGRAUAAAGAWSCACCCUUUCUUCCUCCUAAAAUUUCAAAGAAACAGAAACCACCGCCUAUUCCCCCAAGAAUUCCUUUACAACCGUACAUGGGACAAGGUCGUCGCAUUUUAACACCUCCUCCUAUACGGCGUGCCGCUAGCGAGCGGRAAGAUGCCGGCUCGUUUCCUAAUUCCUCCAUCAUGAAGUCAAAAACCCUCCCAAGAACRUUUCCUAGUGAACCAAAUAAGAAGGACGAGCAACGAGCCCCAUAUCAAACUAGAGGGGGUACACAUCAAGAUGUGGGUAGGAUAAAUGAGAGACUUGACAUUGAUAACCYAGAAGGAGAAGGUGGGUAUGUCAAGAUGGCAAGUGUAGCACCCCAUUUGCCAACCAAAUACGAAAUUCUCUGUGAGUCCACUCACAAACAAGCUCAACCAGAUUAUUACAACUUCACUAGUGAUCGAGGAAGCCAAGGACACCAACUAAACCCAAAUGAGUUAAAAUCUUCAAAAAGAGAACGAYCAAGGUCGCAUAUAGAAGAAACUAAAUCGGAAAUUAAAAAAGAUCAUAUGGAACACAAAAUGCYUUCUGAUACCACUCAAAUAUCUUAUGAUUCAGAAGAUGUCCACCUUAAAAUCAGAUAUGAAAAAUCGGGGGAAAGUCGUAAGCUGUACUCAGAGGUCCCAUUCAUGAUGGUAAAAGCUGAUCGACACAACAAACUGCCGUUUUUUAAAUGUCCUCAAAAGAUGCCAAAGGCUCCGCCCGGUUUGGAUUUCAUCAACAGCAAAAAUGUAAAAAGUUGGAGCCCGCUUGAAGUUUUGAAGUUUCUCAAGUUUCUCAACCUUGAGAGGUAUGAGAAGGCGUUCAAACAAAACAAAAUAGACGGAGAAAUGCUGCUCAAUUUGGAUAAAAGACUAUUGCAUGAACUGCGUGUCACAGACUCACAUGCGGCUACUAUUGUGAAACUUGUUCAUGAAUGCAUCAAACAUGAGAAUUCUACGAUACCUAACCAAUAUGUGCCGUAACCUUCACAUUUUAUCGAUACCUUGAAAAUACCUCUGRGCURAUCAAAGUCUGGGCAAUGCUAACUCACARAUCAAACCCUGAAACCACCUUUGGGCUGAUUAAAGUCAGGGCAUGGCUAAYUYACAGAAUCKAAUAAACAUCGAACCGUAACAUGCACCAACAGAUUCCAURKUGGGCAAGCAUCAUUGARCUGAAGGUCUUGAAGAGAGGUAACUACAGUGAAUAGUUCUACUGGGAUGAGUUUCAUGGGUGCAUAUGCACCUCUGUUCCCAUCUAAGAGUACCACCUGGGAAGGGCAUCUGUGAGAUGUUACACCCGUAUAUCCAUGAUGAAAACAUGCUUUUUCACGCCUAUAGGUCUGCAAAUAGAACAAAUUACAUUUCUUUUGCACCUCGAAAAAUGGACUUGAUGCAUUGGGGCUGAUACUUAGGUCACUGAAAACAAUAACUAGAAUUGCCAAAAUGCAUGGAUUAUUAUUUUCCGGUUUAAAAAUAAGAAGUAAAGAAUUCGUAUGAAGUCUAGAAAAAAAAAACUKAUAUAUAUAUAGUUUUCUUGAGUGUCCCCGCUGUGGGCUAACAACAUCCAUACCUUUUGUUUAUCCAGACGCGUCGAGUGCAUUCACAGGUAGCCCAAGCUUGGUUUCUGUGGUGUCCUGUUAUAAGGAAAUGUAUGGAGAUUCAUCAAAAAUUUCAAUAAAAUCAUUGAAACGUGAAAUAAAGC